UUUUAGCUCUUUACACAUAAUUUCACUAUCUCUCUUCUCUCUCAAAGAUCGAUCAGAGUAUUUCUCUCUGUUGUGUGGAAAACAGAAGAAAGAAUGAUCAAGAACAUCUUCCAAAGUCGGAAACUCUCAGGCCUCUGUGUUCUCUCAAUCUUGCUCGUAUCAGUCACAAUCCUCCUCUUAACCAAUGACACCAUCGAUCUCUUUCCUUACUUGUCUCUCUCUUAUCUCCGUCGAUCUUCCCUCUCCGACAUCCCUACCUCCACACCAAUCUCGAGUCCCACCAACGACUCAUUAUCAUCUCCUCGGGAACCACCGGUUAAUCAGACCCGAGUCGAUGAUCAUCCGAGUGAUCAAGGUUUGGAAUUGGAUUGGCUUAAAGACGACAAAGAAUGGAAUGUGAGUUUGAAGAUAGAUUGGAGGAGAUGUGAGAGUCCAGAUUACAUACCGUGUUUGGAUAACACAAAAGCUAUCAAGAAACUUAAGUCGAAGAGAAACAUGGAGCACAGAGAGAGACAUUGUCCCGAGCCUGCACCUAAAUGUUUGGUUCCUUUGCCACAACGUUACAAAGUUCCUCUUCCUUGGCCUCAGAGUAGGGACAUGAUUUGGUAUGAUAAUGUUCCUCAUCCGAAACUUGUUGAAUACAAGAAAGAUCAGAAUUGGGUUCGUAAAUCUGGACCUUUCUUUGUCUUCCCUGGAGGAGGAACUCAAUUCAAAGAUGGUGUUAUUCACUACAUCAACUUCAUACAAAAGACGUUACCUGUUCUUGAAUGGGGGAAGAAAGUAAGAGUGGUUCUUGAUGUUGGUUGUGGUGUGGCUAGCUUUGGUGGGACUUUACUUGAUAAAAACGUUAUCACAAUGUCAUUUGCUCCUAAAGACGAACACGAAGCUCAGAUUCAGUUCGCACUAGAACGAGGAAUUCCCGCUACUCUUGCUGUUAUUGGAACUCAAAAGCUUCCUUUUCCUGAUAAUGCUUAUGACGUUAUCCAUUGCGCUAGAUGCAGAGUCCAUUGGCAUGGAUACGGUGGUAGACCUCUUUUGGAACUUAACCGGGUUCUUAGGCCUGGAGGGUUUUUUGUUUGGUCAGCUACACCGGUUUAUCAACACGAUGAAGGGCACCGUAAUGUUUGGAAAACAAUGGAGUCUUUGACUACAUCAAUGUGUUGGAAAGUUGUGGCUAGAACUCGAUUUACUAAAGUUGGAUUCGUUAUUUACCAGAAACCAAACUCAGAUUCUUGCUAUGAAUCGCGUAAAAACAAAGAUCCACCUCUCUGCAUCGAAGAAGAGACCAAGAAGAACAGUUCAUGGUACACUCCUCUGCUCACCUGUCUACCAAAACUACCGGUCAGUCCAAUCGGAAAAUGGCCUUCGGGUUGGCCUGAAAGGUUAACCGAUACACCGGUUAGCCUCUUGAGAGAACAGAGGAGUGAGGAGAGUUUCAGAGAAGACACUAAACUCUGGUCUGGAGUCAUGUCAAAUAUCUACCUAUAUAGUUUAGCUAUAAACUGGACCAGGAUUCACAAUGUUAUGGACAUGAACGCUGGUUAUGGAGGAUUUGCGACUGCUCUUAUAAACAAACCUCUCUGGGUGAUGAAUGUGAUUCCCGUGGAAGGUGAAGACACAUUAUCGACGAUUUUCGAUAGAGGUUUGAUCGGGAUUUAUCAUGAUUGGUGUGAGUCGUUCAAUACAUACCCAAGAUCAUAUGAUCUCUUGCACUCUAGUUUCCUUCUCACCAGUCUUUCUCAAAGGUGUGAUUUGAUGGAGGUGGUAGUGGAAAUAGACAGAAUAGUAAGACCAGGAGGGUAUCUUGUGGUGCAAGACACUGUUGAAAUGUUGAAGAAGCUAAACCCUAUUCUUCUAUCACUCCGAUGGUCAACGAAUAUGUACAGAGGCAAAUUCCUUGUUGGCUUGAAAUCUUCAUGGCGUCCGUAAACACAACAUUCAUCAUCCUCUCUAACAAAUCUUGUUCAUUUCG